CGUCGCCAAAAUUUCAACCACAACCACGAGCAACGCCAGGCCUCAUCGGUACACCAACUUCCAUCGCAAUUGUCAUCCACUUCUUAAUCGCAAACACGAUAUUAUUCGGCGAAGAGUCCGAUAAGCAUCAUCUCUGUGCCGUAUCACCGUGUCGUCCGUCACCUACAGAACCGAAUGGGAUGAGCACUGCAUUCCGCGGGCAGCAGCACCAUGUCGGACGCCGAGUUUGAGCAGAUCCGAAAGCUCCAGGCUGAGCGCAACGCCGCCGCCGCUGCAAAGAAAGGUUCUCGGACCUUUGAUCCCGCCAACCAGCGUGCUGACUCGUCCACCAAGGCCAAGCUCAGUGAAGCCUGGGACACAGAGCUCUAUGACCGCGAAAAUGGCGACCGCUUCUCGGGCUAUCACCGGACCCUGCCUGCCGUCGAUGGCGAUGAUGACGAGGAUAUGGCUGACGCCGACGGCGACGGCUCGCGCCGUUUAGUCGGCCAGUACACGGCGACUCGUUCCCAGAUCGAUGAGUUUGCCCGCGGCAGUGGCGUUGAGGAAGAUGACCCUCUCGCUGGCCGUGGCGAGCGGAGCACCCGCAUCGCGGACCGUGAGACAGACUAUCAAAAACGCCGCUUCGACCGCGUUCUAACCCCAACACGCGCGGAUCCGUUUGCCGCCAACCGCCAGGCCGGCGCCGCCGACGAGGGCGAGACUUACCGCGAUAUUAUUCAGCGACGGGAACUCGAGCGUGAAGAGGAACGCGUCCGUCGCGCCAUCGAGCAGAAGGUGAAGGAAGGUCCCGUCGACGAGCACAAACCCAUGCUUAAAGAUGUCAGCGACAAGGAGAAUGCGGAUGCUGGAUCUACCGAGGCCGCCGCGGCGGGCCGCAAGCGCAAGAAGAGAUGGGAUGUUACUUCGGACGACACUGCCGGCGGGCAAGCUGCUCCUACACCAGCCGAGCCCAAGAAGAGGUCGCGGUGGGAUCAAGCACCUUCAGUCCCGGUCGUCGGCGCAGCGACAGAACCCAAGAAACGGUCCAGGUGGGAUCAGGCCCCAUCCGCCACACCCAUUGCCCCCACCGGUCUGGCUACGCCAAUGCACCCGUCUCAGAGCGCUGCUCUCCCAGCAGCUUUUGGCACCGACGCAGGUCGAUACAUGCCUCUCAGCGACGAGGAGCUGGACGCCAUGCUCCCUGGCCCGGAUGAGGGCUACAAGAUUCUCGAGCCUCCGCCGGGUUACGCGCCGAUACGGGCACCGGCCCAUAAGCUCGCAACGGUGCCUAUGCCAGCAACCGGGUUCAUGAUGCAAGACCCCGACAGCGGGCGGAUCACCGGCCAGCAGAUGCCCAAGGAAAUCCCGGGUGUCGGUGACCUCCAAUUCUUCAAGCCUGAAGAUAUGGCUUAUUUUGGCAAACUGACAGAUGGCUCCAACGAAGAUGAGCUCAGCGUCGAAGAACUCAAGGAGAGGAAAAUCAUGCGGCUCCUUCUGAAGGUCAAGAAUGGCACUCCUCCUAUGAGGAAGACUGCGCUCAGACAACUUACAGAUAACGCGCGCAACUUUGGUGCCGGCCCGCUGUUUAACCAGAUUCUGCCCCUCCUUAUGGAGAAAACAUUGGAGGAUCAAGAGCGCCAUCUCCUCGUCAAGGUCAUCGACCGCAUCCUCUACAAGCUGGAUGACAUGGUCCGUCCUUAUGUACACAAGAUCCUGGUCGUCAUCGAGCCGCUGCUCAUCGAUCAAGACUAUUACGCUCGGGUGGAAGGUCGCGAAAUUAUCUCUAACCUCAGCAAAGCUGCUGGUCUUGCAACCAUGAUUAGCGUCAUGCGCCCCGAUAUUGACCACGUCGACGAGUACGUCCGAAACACCACCGCCAGAGCAUUCGCCGUUGUGGCCUCUGCUCUGGGUAUCCCCGCCCUCCUUCCCUUCCUCAGGGCUGUCUGCCGCAGCAAGAAGUCCUGGCAAGCGCGCCAUACUGGCGUUAAGAUUGUGCAACAGAUUCCCAUUCUCAUGGGCUGCGCGGUGUUGCCCCAUUUGAAGCAGCUGGUCAGCUGCAUCGGGCCGAAUCUUAAUGAUGAACAGACCAAAGUGCGGACUGUUACCAGCUUGGCCAUCGCAGCUCUGGCCGAGGCAUCAAACCCGUACGGUAUCGAGAGUUUCGACGACAUCCUCAACCCCCUGUGGACCGGAGCUCGGAAGCAGCGAGGAAAAGGCCUAGCCGGCUUUCUCAAAGCUGUCGGCUACAUCAUUCCACUGAUGGACGAAGACUACGCAAAUUACUACACCAGUCAGAUUAUGGAAAUCUUGUUGCGCGAGUUUGCUUCACCUGACGAGGAGAUGAAGAAGGUUGUCUUGAAGGUCAUCUCGCAAUGCGCCGCUACAGACGGAGUCACGGCUGGAUAUCUCAAGGAGCACGUGCUUGACGAGUUCUUCAAGAACUUUUGGGUGCGCCGGAUGGCUCUCGAUAAGCGGAAUUACCGGCAGGUGGUUGAGACCACGGUGGACAUCGGUCAAAAGGUUGGUGUCAGCGAGAUUCUCGAGAGAAUCGUGGGCAAUCUGAAAGACGAGAGCGAAGCCUACCGCAAAAUGACGGUGGAGACGGUGGAGAAGAUAGUAGCUUCUCUCGGUGCCGCCGAUAUUGGCGAGCGGCUCGAAGAGCGACUCAUCGACGGCAUUUUGCAUGCGUUCCAGGAGCAGACCGUGGAGGACAUUGUCAUGCUCAACGGAUUUGGCUCCGUGGUGAACGCCCUCGGAACCCGCUGCAAGCCUUACCUACCCCAGAUUGUCAGCACCAUUCUCUGGCGUCUAAACAACAAGUCCCCCACGGUCCGGCAGCAGGCGGCCGACCUCGUUUCACGGAUUGCUAUGGUCAUGAAACAGUGCGGCGAGGACGCCCUCAUGGGCAAGCUCGGCAUCGUCUUGUACGAGUACCUUGGCGAGGAAUAUCCCGAAGUGCUUGGCUCCAUCCUCGGCGCUCUCCGCUCCAUCGUUACCGUCGUAGGUAUCAGUCAGAUGCAGCCGCCUAUCAAAGAUCUCCUUCCGCGGUUGACGCCGAUCCUCCGCAACCGCCACGAAAAGGUGCAGGAGAACACCAUCGACCUAGUCGGCCGUAUUGCCGACCGCGGGCCAGAAAGCGUCAAUGCGCGCGAGUGGAUGCGCAUCUGCUUUGAACUGCUCGACAUGCUGAAGGCGCACAAGAAGGGCAUCCGGCGGGCGGCCAACAACACGUUUGGCUUCAUCGCCAAGGCCAUCGGCCCGCAGGAUGUGCUCGCCACGCUGCUGAACAACCUACGUGUGCAGGAGCGCCAGUCGCGUGUCAACACGGCCGUGGCCAUAGGCAUCGUGGCCGAGACUUGCGCCCCGUUCACCGUCCUGCCUGCCCUCAUGAACGAGUACCGCGUGCCCGAGCUCAACGUGCAAAACGGCGUGCUCAAGUCGCUCUCGUUCCUCUUCGAGUACAUUGGCGAGAUGGCAAAGGACUACGUCUACGCCGUCACCCCUCUGCUCGAGGACGCGCUGAUCGACCGCGAUCAGGUGCACCGUCAGACGGCCGCCAGCGUGGUCAAGCACAUCGCCCUCGGCGUCGUCGGCCUGGGCUGCGAGGACGCCAUGGUGCACCUGCUCAACCUGCUCUAUCCGAACCUCUUUGAGACGAGCCCCCACGUCAUUGACCGCAUCGUCGAGGCCAUCGAGGCCGUGAGGAUGGCCGUCGGCCCGGGCCUUGUUCUGAAUUACGUCUGGGCCGGCCUGUUCCACCCAGCCAGAAAGGUCCGCACGCCGUAUUGGCGGCUGUAUAACGAUGCUUAUGUGCAGGGCGCCGACGCCAUGGUGCCGUAUUAUCCGAAUUUGGUUGAGGAAGGGAUUGAUAGAGGCGACUUGGCCAUUGUUCUCUGAUUCCCUUCUCUCCUCCCUGCGGGAAUAGGAUGCUAUGAUAUAGGACAGGGCUGAUGAUAGUGGGAUAUUCCUUGCCCUUUCCGUUCUUCUGGCUGAUGGGAGAAGAGAAAGAGGGCGGGUGCUUGGAAAGGUUGGGCUGGGGAAAGGGUGACAGUAGGGGUUAAAUCAGGGCAAGGCAGGCAGUAGCAGACGAGAUUCUUUGCUGGAGGUGUGUCCUGCCCUCUAAUACAUGGAAGGGGCUUUAGUGUGAUAGGAUUCUGGCUCGGUGUGGUUGCUGGAGAGGCGUCUAGGGUAUGUUUAUUCCCAAGCACUUGUACACGAGAGCAUGUACCGAAUAAGCGUAUGAAUUGAGGAGAUUUGUUAACCGCUUUGCUCCCGUAUCAAGGUAUUAAAAUCUGACUCACACUCGAGCGUCAUCCAGGGGAGAGUGGGGAUGAUGUUCA